UGAAGGUGUUGUAGUAUAUGUGUAUGUUUAUCACUGCUACGCCAUACGUGGCUACAACGUUAGCUUAGCUAUACUAAUGUUGGUCGAGGAGUUGACAGCAUGCGUGUGUUUUCAGACCCGCUUGGGUUCGUUAUAUUAAGGGUUUUAGGACCCUGCAGACACCGGGGAAGGGCGAGGAGCAGGCGGGGUAAAAGGUGAAGUUACCCCCUAACAGAACUGAUCACAGGUCAGUUUUGUAAUGUAUCCAAUGUAGCUUAAGGGUGGAAAAUAGCUUGGAAAACGGACCCAGAGUCAGUUCAAGUCAAAGUAGUACGCGACGCGUUAUACCAGCGACGUAAAAGGACGAACUGAGACGAAUAGAUUUUUGCUAGCAUAUAAAUAGUUCACAUUUAUAUGUUAUUGUAAAGGUUCUCAGGUUAAAAACUAUGAGUAUCCCCUCGGUAAGUCCUUGUGAGCAGCUUAAACGUCCACUCGUCGAUGUUGACGGUGUAUGGGAGAGCAGCGCCCCGCGACUUCUUUGAUGCGGCUCAGCUCACAGGAUCCAGACGUCCGUCAUAAUCCGCAGAGUCAACAACAACAUAUCCAUCCAACUCCGUGUGACCAAACGACCAGACAAGCCUGCGCAGAUCCACAAUGCAAGCGAACCCGACGCGGGGCUUCCUGUGGUCGGACGUUGAGACGAGAACCUUGUUGAACAUCUGGGGGGAGCAGGACAUCCAGACGGCGCUGGAUGGAAACUUCCGCAACAGCUUCGUGUACCGCGACGUUGCCCGGAGGCUUGGAGCGAUGGGGUUUGAGAGGACGCCGGAACAAUGCAGGGUGCGGAUCAAAAGCCUAAAGAGACAGUACCUGCUGGCAAAGGAGGGUAAUUUACGGAAUAACGGCCAGUAUCACAAGAUCUGCAAGUUUUACGACAUCAUGGAGGGGAUACUGAGCAACCGGCCCGUGCUUGACCCCCAGGAGUUCAUAGACGGCGGGGCGGGAGGAGAGGAGGCCGUGGACGGCCUGGAGGAGGAUGGAGAAGAUGCUCACGAUGCGUACUCGGAGAGCACAGGGGAGUGUCCUUAUCCUGCAGAGACUGAAGUGAAGCUAGAAUACCCAACCAUACCCAUCCCUGUUCCUGUUAAAGUGACAGUCGGAAACAGCAGCACUUCAGUACGACCACACAACAGCUGCCAGUCGGGCUCGAGUUUGCCAGCUAGGCCUCCUAAACGACCCAGAAAGAGGCGUGCUAACUUCCCUAUGGAGAAGCUAAUGGAGCAGUUUCUGGAACAAAGCACCCAGGCUGAAGACAGUUUUUACCGAAUGGAGGAGCAGCGCUUGCAGGCGGAAGACCGCCGCAGAGCUGCUGAACACACCAGGGAGCUGCAAAUGCUUCAGAUGCUUGGCCAGAUGUUCUCCAGCAUUUCCUCCACCGGACCCAGCUCUGCUGCCACUCCCUCAAAGACAUCUCCUGCUGCCCAUGCACCUUCUCUCUCCAGCGUCUCCCCGUCAUGCACACGUGGCCAGUCCAGUCAUGUCAAACGCUCUUCGCCCCAGACAGACUGUUUGACCCAACAGAAUCAACUGUUUGACUCAGUUCCCCAAGGAUUAGUUUUGGAGCGCUUCUACAGCUUGGGGGCCACAUCGCACAGAGGCAUGGAGGAUGAUUUCAUCUCACAAGUAAAGAGAACAGUCCCUUCACUGACGUCCAAAAAGCACAAGGGACAAGAUGGACGCAUUGGGAUCAUUGGAGGAUGCCAGGACUAUACUGGAGCUCCAUACUUCGCUGCCAUUUCUGCAUUGAAAGUGGGCGCCGACUUGUCUCAUGUAUUCUGCACCAAAGAUGCUGCAACUGUGAUCAAAUCAUACAGCCCUGAGCUCAUUGUCCAUCCUGUUCUGGACAGUCCUAAUGCAGUUGAAGAGAUUGAAAAGUGGCUGCCAAGACUCCACGGCCUUGUGGUGGGACCAGGUCUAGGGAGAGAAGACUUAUUACUCAAAACAGCUAAGGAGGUGAUAGAGAAGUCUAAAACAAGAGAUAUCCCUAUAGUCAUCGAUGCUGAUGGUUUAUGGCUAGUUACACAGCAACCAUCUGUUAUUCAAGGGUACCAGAAAGGUAUCCUCACACCGAACUACAUGGAGUUCACACGACUGUACGAGGCACUGUACCAUGAACCCAUGGACAGCAGUGAUCAUCAACGCAGUGUCAUGCAGCUCAGUGUAGCCAUGGGCAACCUGACUCUGGUGCUAAAAGGAGAACAGGAUCUAAUAACGGAUGGCAGUAAAGUGAUCUCAUGCAGUGUUGAGGGCAGUGGGAGAAGAUGUGGUGGACAGGGUGACCUCUUGUCUGGAUCUAUGGGUGUGCUGGCACACUGGGCCUAUUCUGCCUCUGCAGCUGGAACAGUCAAAAGUGUGAAUCCAUCUAUGGUUGCAGCAUUCGGGGCCUGUUCACUCACCAGGCAGUGUAACAGACAAGCAUUCCAGAAACACGGCAGGUCGACCACCACCACUGACAUGAUUCAGGAGAUUGGCUCUGCCUUUAAAAAGCUUUUUGAAAGCUGAAAACCUCAAUAUUGUUGUUGAAAUUCAACAACCAAUUACACAAUGUUGCUUUCUUUAAAACUGUUAUCAUAGCCUAUGGUGGGCGGGUUGGUGUUCUUAUGUAGAAUUUAAAUGAAUAUUAUGGGUGUGGAUAAUCCCUUCAAAGACGGUGCUCAAAAUCUGGUGCGAAACGUACACACUGACCCUUGCGAGAAAAAACGUCUUCUGCCUCUCAACUCGCAGUAUCACAGACGACAUCAAAGAGUCACAGUCUGAGAAUUUGGAUCACAGAUAAAGCAGAAAUCUAUAUGAAUUUUAAAAUAAAUAAUUUAAAAAAUA